AUGUUCAGACAAGCCAUCACUACCUCCUCCCGCGCUGUGCGCUCCGGCCUGCGCACUCAGGUGCCCAAGUCUGCCUUCCAAAAUCAGUUCCAGAGCUCCCCGGCUUUCAGGAUACGUGCCGCUCAACCCGCCGUUGCGAGGUGGUACAGCGAUGCCAAGGAGACCACCGAGGCACCCAAGGAGGGUGAGAAGGCCGACGAUGCUGAGUCUGCUUUGAAGAAGCAGUUGGAGGCCAAGGAGAAGGAGGCCGCUGACUGGAAGGACAAGUGCCUGCGCACCAUCGCCGACUUCCGCAACCUCCAGGACCGUACCCAGCGCGAGGUCAAGCAGGCCCGCGACUUUGCCCUGCAGAAGUUUGCCAAAGAUCUCGUUGACAGCGUCGAUAACCUCGACCGCGCCCUCUCCACUGUCCCCAAGGAGAAGCUCAACGCCCCCGAGAAGUCGGGCGAUCUUCAGGACCUCGUCAACCUGUACGAGGGCCUUAAGAUGACCGACGAUAUUCUCAUGACCACCCUCAAGAAGCACGGCAUUGAGCGUGUCGACCCUGAGGGUGAGAAGUUCAACCCCAACGAGCACGACGCCACCUUUAUGGCGCCCCAGCCCGAUAAGGAGGACAACACCGUCUUCCAUGUCCAGCAGAAGGGCUUCAAGCUCAACGGCCGCGUCCUGCGCGCUGCCAAGGUCGGCGUCGUUAAGAACGCUUAA